GGCCACCAAUCUGCUCCCGCUUCGGCACGAUAUCCCCCUUGUUGGUUCAGCUUGAGGUGGUCUCGUUUGCGUUUGUUUGCGUGCUGGGCUUUUCCACGCAUAUCCGUACUCUAUCUUAACACGAGUUUCAUUUCUCCACCCUUCUUGCCACCCGUUGGGUUUUUUCACCUUUUGUCAUUCCUUCAAGAUUGAUUCUGUUCACUCUUUUUUUCUCUCGCACGUCAUUGCCUCGGGCCCCGAAUUGACUGGAUGACUGACCGGUUUGAAGGACUACAUCUCAGGUACGCGGCUAGCUUGCUGACUCCAAAUUCGAUCUCGGAAUGGAGGGGAAGGGGGGGGGGGGAAGAAGGUUUACACUGCUGCGAGUGGAUCCUAACAUUGGUGAUAGAUCACGUCUGGAAAAAUUCAUCAUACUAAACCGGUAGCCUCUGCCAUCGAAUAUCAAAAGAUCAAUUACCUUUAUACCGUACCCGAACAUCAAUCUUUUCCAGACAAUGCUUUCCCGCCGGAUCUUGACAAAGGGCUUUAAGCCUUUCCCCAGCUCUACUGUGGCUACCCAUCUUAGCUUCAACAAUAUGAGGGGGUUGGCUACCAUCACCGGUAGCACCGGGAGACAAAUGCCGCAACCCACAAGGGAAAGGAGCACUCCAGUCAGUCAUGAUCGUGCAACCUUCACCAUUAGGGUAUCACAGUCCCCCCACCAUCUGCAUGUACCAUUUUGAUUCUGAUGGGUUGCAGAACGGUCCUAUCUUUCAUGGAAAGUCAUUCGGGGCUCGCUCCAACAUUUCCGGAGAAGCCGUCUUCUCCACUGCCCUGGUCGGAUAUCCCGAAUCCAUGACGGACCCAUCCUAUCGUGGGCAGAUCCUCGUCUUCACCCAACCGCUUAUCGGAAACUACGGUGUUCCCUCCGCCGAUAGGGAUGGGCACGGGUUAUUGAAGUACUUUGAAUCCCCAAACAUUCAGGCCAUCGGGAUCGUGGUUGCCGAUGCCGCGCUCAAGUACUCGCAUUGGACUGCUGUCGAAUCAUUGGGCGACUGGUGCGCGCGCGAGGGUGUUCCCGCCAUUUCCGGCGUUGACACUAGAGCGAUUGUUACCUACCUCCGAGAGCAGGGUUCCUCCUUGGCUAGGAUCACCAUUGGCGAGGAGUAUGACGCCGACCAGGACGAGGCUUUUACCGAUCCGGAACAGAUCAAUUUAGUCGAGAAGGUGUCUACCAAGGCUCCGUUCCAUGUUUCGAGCAGCAAUGGCGACUUGCAUGUUGCUGUUAUCGACUGUGGUGUCAAGGAGAAUAUCUUGAGGAGUUUGGUUGGCAGGGGUGCAAGUGUAACUUGCUUCCCCUGGGAUUACCCCAUUCACAAAUACGCUCACCACUUUGACGGCGUUUUCAUGUUUGUUUCCUCUCCCUUUACUGUUUUAUCUAGAGACCACCCGCUGAUAAUACAUUAGCUCCAAUGGGCCUGGUGACCCAACCCAUUGCCAGAAGACCGUCUACCAUCUUGGAAAAUUGAUGGAGAAGUACAAUGGCCCAAUCAUGGGCAUUUGUCUCGGACAUCAGUUGCUCGCCCUAGCUGCCGGUGCCAAAACAAUUAAGUUGAAGUACGGUAAUCGUGCUCACAAUAUUCCCGCCUUGGAUCUCACUACCGGAAGAUGCCAUAUAACCUCGCAAAAUCAUGGUUAUGCAGUCGAUAUCAAGACCCUUCCCUCCUCUAACUGGAAGGAAUACUUUGUCAACUUGAACGAUGGAUCCAACGAAGGCAUGAUCCAUACCUCUCGCCCUAUCAUGUCUACUCAAUUCCAUCCCGAGGCUAAGGGCGGCCCAUUGGACUCUAGUUACCUCUUUGACUCUUACCUCCAGCAGGUUGCCGACUACAAGGCUGAGCAAGCUCGUUUCGAGCCUUCCAGGAGCGGGCGGCCCAACACCUUGUUGGUCGACCUUCUGAGUAAGCAGCGUGUUGGUGUUGUUCCCGAGAACGUGUUAGCUAGUCUCAAUAGGAGGGCUGCUAGGGGUGAGAUUGCUAAUAAGAGCGAGGCUACUCCAGUUACUUCGGCUGCUUAAACAUCCUCUAUCAGAGUUAUUUUUACUCCUAUUUUUAUUUUCAUAUUUGGUAUCCUGAUUCUUCGCCCAUUUGGGCUCUUGUCAGGAUGUUUUAUGGUAUGCAGUGAGUGGUAUUGACUUCUUUUUUUGUUCUUUGUAAUAGGAUAGGAUGGGAGCGCAGGUGCAGCUGAAUCAAAUUGAAUGUUUUCUUUGUUU